CUCAGCUCAAAACAGACAGCACCAGCCUGCACAUGUUUUCAUCAUGGCGGCCUCCGUCAAAAAGAUGGUUGGUGUUUCUGACGACUCCAGCAGCAGUGACGAUGAAACACUGAAACGAUGUCAGGAGGCAGUUUGGGAGACACGACCUGAGAAAAAGAAAGACGGGGACAGCAAUGUGAAGCAGUCAAAACGUGUUGUUGUUGCUGACCAUGAACACGAUGGCAAUGAGCUCCAGGUCAGCAAAGGGUUUCGAACGCAUGUUGCCAAGAAGCUGGGGCAUUUUCUUGACAGUUGCAUUGCAGAGAUGCAGACUGAAACUUCAUCCUGUGUGGAGUCAGCACAAUGCGAUGAUGGUGAUGAUGAAGGAUUUCGUCUGUUUUCUACAUCAGUCCCAGGACAGACAGCUGAGGAGCCUCCAACCCCUGUGAGGCGUCGGCCAGUUCCUAGCUCAAGUGACAGUGACAGUGAGAUGGAAGCUAGGCUGAAAGAGGCAGCGGUGUCAGUCAAAGAUCUCUUACCCUCUUCGACGCCGCCAUCUACACUCUCACCUCCAUCGACAGAACCUCCUUGCUCGGAAAAAAUAAAGAAAAAGAAAAAGAAAAAAAUGGCAGAGGGAGAAGAGAGCCAUGUUGUUAAGAAAAAGAAAAAGAGGAAACAGAAUCAAGAGGAGAGUGCCCAGGUGGACUGUGUAAGUUCUCAUCUUAUCGCUCAAAACAACAGCGAGACUGGGAACUCAGAACAGGAACACACACAAGUCAAGGUAAAACAGAAAAAGAAAAAGAAGCGGGAAGGAAACACAGGGGAGGAAGCUUUGAACUGAAAAUCUUUUUCCUUUUACUGUUAUAGGAUUGUCCAUGUUUCAUUCUGCCAUGUUCUGUCACAGGCUUGACAUGAUUGGAUGGUGAGAUAUUCAAAUUAUUCAGAGGAUGUUUUUGGAAGCCAUUUUUUAUUAAAAAUCUUUCAAUACCCUUGCCAUAUUCCUGAAAUAGCCUUUACUAUGUCAUGUAAGAGACUCUUUAAGAUGUGAAAUAAGCAUUUCAAGGCAGUGAGUUAAAAAAUAACGUAGGUAACAUGCAGUUUAAAAGUUUCAACAGCAUUUACAAUUUCUGAAUAUUACAAAACCUUUGAAUAAAAAAAUACAUGUUGGUGUUGAUUUUCA